AUGACGACGGCCCUGUGCGCCUCGCCUGCCGCACGCAUGAGGAGGGGCUGCGACGAACGGCGCGCUGAGGAAGUCGUGACGUGUGGGCGUGCGACGAGGGCCUGUGGGGCGGAGCACACAUUUCUUUCCUCUUGUUUUGUUUUCUUUGCGGCCAGGGCGGGCAGACACCCGCAGCGCCACACACACACAGCCACACCCUGCCGCCGUGUUUUUAAGACUUUUUGCUUUGUGUGUGCAUUUCUCGCGCUGGCAGUCCCGUCAGCAUUUCUCUCCCUCCUGAUGAUUUUUUUUUCUUUUGCUGCGCUCACUCUCCCGAUGGAGUGA